GUACAGAUGAACCCAAUAUGUUUGAUGGCUCAUCGACUGAGCAGCCAUGAGUGACAAUGCAGAAUAUAAGGAGGCCUUUGCACUCUUCGACAAGAAGGGUACAGGCGCUGUUCCACGAGAGACAUUGGGCGAUCUCCUCCGUGCCCUCGGCCAAAACCCAACCCAGGCUGAAGUGACCGAGAUCAUCGCAAAUGCGCCACGAGAAGUUGACUACAAGACAUUUUUGACAAUCCUCAAUAGACCAGAUGGAUUCAAGCCUGCGGGAACACCUGAGGAGUUCAUCCGAGGAUUCCAGGUGUUUGAUAAAGAGGGGAAUGGCUUUAUUGGAGCUGGAGAGCUGAGAUAUGUGUUGACGCAACUUGGCGAGAAGAUGUCAGACGAGGAGGUUGAUGAAUUGCUCAAGGGUGUUCAGAUCGGCCCCGAUGGAAACGUGAAUUAUGAAUCAUUCGUGCGCACAAUACUCAGUCAAUGAUUACAACACCUCGGUUUCCAUCAAUGCCUAGAACUCACUGUAUUUAUUCCAUGUCCAUCCAUGAAGAUAAAUAAAUAACAACAAAUGCAUGA